UCUUGUCUACUGAGGGAGCCCGGAAUCACUGAGCUGCGGUAGGAGUGGCGUGGACCGGCAGGCGCCGCGGAAACGGAUUGUGGCGGACCAGAAUAAUUUUAAAAUGACCACACCGAACAAGACGCCUCCUGGUGCUGAUCCUAAGCAGUUGGAAAGGACAGCGACAGUGAGGGAAAUUGGGUCGCAAGCUGUUUGGUCACUCUCUUCGUGCAAACCAGGGUUUGGUGUGGACCAAUUACGAGAUGACAAUCUAGAAACUUACUGGCAAUCUGAUGGCUCUCAGCCUCAUUUAGUGAACAUCCAAUUCAGAAGAAAAACAACAGUGAAGACAUUGUGUAUUUAUGCAGACUAUAAAUCUGAUGAAAGCUACACUCCAAGCAAAAUCUCAGUCAGAGUAGGAAAUCAUUUUCACAACCUUCAAGAAAUUCGGCAACUUGAAUUGGUGGAGCCAAGUGGCUGGAUUCACGUACCUUUAACUGACAAUCAUAAGAAGCCAACUCGCACGUUCAUGAUACAGAUCGCCGUUUUAGCCAAUCACCAAAAUGGAAGAGACACCCACAUGAGACAGAUUAAGAUAUACACACCAGUGGAAGAGAGCUCUAUUGGAAAGUUCCCUAGAUGCACAACCAUUGAUUUUAUGAUGUAUCGCUCAAUACGGUGACUUGAAAAUGGGACAGAAGUAAAGUAGACAUGUGUUUUAUCCUGUCGUUGGAUAUUGUAUCAAAUAUCUUUAAUGGUAAAGCAUGUUAUUUCAUUUUAUAUACAUUUAAAACACUUUAACUUAGAUAAAUAAUUUUUUGGUAAUGCCUGUUUAUUGUUUUAUACAAUAAAGUUCAUAUUUUAUAUUACUAAAA